AUGUCUGGGCGGCGGCGCCGCCCUCCCAUAAAUUGGCCAUUCCCCACAUCAAGAUCACCACGUCCAUCUACCAGCGCAAGAUCCUCGCAAUCUUCCCAAGCAGGAUCUCCCCCGCAAUCUCUCGAAAGAACAAUGAAAGAACUCUUAGAGAAAGCAAGAGCAAAAAACCCACAAGCACCACCAUCAGCACCCCCACCGACCACCUUUCAAGACCUCAUUGCUCCACGAAACAGAACCACCCAAAUUGAAUACACACUCCGCACAAACCCUGUUAAUGGCCACAUGUACAAAGUUCACGACAUCAUCGGCUCUUCCACCAGUGGCAGAGCCACCGUUUACCGUGGCGUCUACUGCGUAACCGAUACUAACGAGUUGGAAAGAAUGGAGCACUAUGAUCUCUAUAUCGCGGUGAAAGUCACUGACAUGGAAGAUCAAGAUGAGUAUGGAAACUUGGUGGAUCGGAUGUAUAGGUGUCGUGAAGUGAAUCAUCCUUUCUUGUUGCAAAUGAGAGAAGAAUUUGUUCUUGAAAACAUGCAUUAUUUUGUGUUUCUUAUGAUGGAAGGAUCUUUGAGGUGCUUGUGGAAAUCUUUUUAUACGAAUGGGAUUCCUGAAAAGUUUAUUGCUAUUGCUCUUAGAACCGUCUUGGAAGUUCUGGCUGUGCUUCAUGAAGAAGGGCAUUUGCAUCAAGAACUCAAUGCCGGUCACAUUUACUAUAAAAUGGCGAUCCCCGCGAUCAAGAUUGGGUUUCUUCCAAGCAUUUAUAGGCACAAUUCAGGGGAUGAAGGACAGGCAUUGCCAGGGAAUAAUCUGCCUUUAAGUACAAUAUGUGAAUGGGGUGCUGCGCCUGAGAUUUACCAUUUGAGGGGAGAGUAUACUGAGAAGUGUGAUGUAUGGCUUGUUGGGAUCACUGCAUUGGAAUUGGUGUAUGGGGGAAUUGAGGUGGAAGAUCGGGAAGGAUUGGAACGUUUGAUUGCUAAGGCGAAAAGUGGAAAAGGGAUCGCGAAAGAGAGAGUGAAAGCAGCAGGGAGAUAUCUCAAGAAAUUGGUGAUGAAGAAAUUGAAGAUUGGUGAAUCUGGAUCCGAUUCAAAGAAGAGAAAAGUGAUUUUGUCACGAGCUUUUAGGGGAAUGUUGAAAUCAUGUUUGGCGGAGGAUGCUAGAGAAAGGUCAACUGCUGAUGAACUGCGGCAACAUGAUUUCUUCAGAAACAUUGAUUGCCUUCAGGACAUUUACGCCUUCAGGGAUGCUGUGUGGGCGUUAAGAGCUGCAAGAGAUGCAAGAGAAGCAAGAGAAAGGAGUGCUGUUCCAUCGGCAAGCAAUGUAGCUGAUCCAUCAGGAAGCAAUGUGGCUGGUCCAUCAACACGAAGGAAUGUGGCUGCUUCAUCAACAGGAAGUAAUGUAGCUGGUCCAUCAACACGAAGCAAUGUCGUAGCAGCUCCAUCAUCAGGACGCAGUGUGGCUGCCUCAUCAACAGGAAGCAAUGUGGCUGGUCCAUCAACACGAAGCAGUGUAGCUGCUUCAUCAACAGGAAGCAAUGUAGCUGGUCCAUCAACACGAAGCAAUGUAGCUGGUCCGUCAACAGAAGGCAAUGUGGCUGCACCAUCAACAGGAAGCAAUGUAGCUGGUCCGUCAACAGGAGGCAAUGUGGCUGCACCAUCAACAGGAAGCAAUGUAGCUGGUCCUUCAACAGGAAAAAAUGAAACCAAGGAAGCGAAGCCAUGA